GAGUGGGGGCGAUUGGAGAUACGUAUAGAUACGGUACGCAAGGGUGAACACAACUCUAAGAAGGGUUUUUUGUGACCCCUCCGUUCUCACUCACGCACGCAGUUCUCUCUUCUCUUCUCACUCGGCAGAAGAGAGAGAAAUAUCCAAUACCUAGCGUACUCCCAAUCCAAUCCUUUCAAUCUAUCAUCUAUUUAUCCCUUCUCUUCUUCCCCUUUUUCUCCCUUUACCCUUCUCUUCUCCUAUUCGCUGGGCUUCGCUGUGCUUCGGCGUUGCUGAAUCCAUUACGCUCUGUCGAAUCGGACGGCCAAGAUUGCAUCGCGAGGCAUGCAGCAGAGUGAUCAGACGGUGUUGAGCUUGAGGCCCGGCGGUGGAAAAGGCAGCAGGCUCCUCGGCCCUCGAUUCGACUCCUCAUCCUCGUCUUCUGCUUCCCCUGCUUUUGGCUCCUUUUCUGCUGAUCUUCCUCUCCUGCGUCCUCAUGGCGGCUCUCCCUCUCCCUUCUCUAUCAAGGCUGGAGAUUCCCGGUUUGAAGGUCGUGAGCGUGUGCGAUAUACCAGGGAGCAGCUCUUACAACUCAGAGAGGGUGUUGAGAUCCUUGAUGAUGUUUUGAAGAUCAGACAAGAAAUUGUAGCUGUACUUUUUGGUGAAGAUCAAAGUUGGGCCCGCCCAGAAAGUAACCCCUCAAAUCAAUUUCAAAAUCGAUAUUCUGAGCCAGAUAAUCGUGAUUGGCGUGGACGAUCUGGCCAACCUUUUGGUAAUGCAGAUGAGAGGUCUUGGGAUAAUCUCAAGGAGAAUAGGGAGUUUGGAAAUAAUCGUCAAGAGCAACUGAAUUCUCAGUUUUCAAGGGCACAAAUAUCUUCUAACCAAGGGGGGGGACCUACUCCAACACUAGUCAAGGCUGAGGUGCCAUGGUCAGCUAGAAGGGGAACUCUCUCUGAUAAAGAUCGUGUCUUAAAGACAGUUAAAGGAAUACUAAAUAAGUUGACUCCUGAAAAAUUUGAUCUCUUGAAGGGGCAGUUGAUUGAUUCUGGCAUUACAUCUGCCGACAUAUUGAAGGGAGUUAUUUCACUAAUAUUUGAUAAGGCAGUGCUAGAACCAACAUUUUGCCCAAUGUAUGCCCAGCUAUGUUCUGAUCUUAAUGAAAAGCUGCCUCCAUUCCCAUCUGAUGAGCCUGGUGGGAAGGAAAUCACUUUUAAGAGAGUGCUCUUGAAUAUCUGCCAGGAGGCUUUUGAAGGUGCAGAUAACCUGAGGGAAGAAGUGAGACAGAUGACUGCUCCUGAGCAGGAGAUGGAGCGAAGGGAUAAGGACAGACUUGUCAAGAUUCGAACCCUUGGAAACAUUCGUUUAAUUGGUGAGCUAUUGAAGCAAAAAAUGGUUCCCGAAAAGAUUGUUCAUCACAUUGUUCAGGAGCUUUUAGGUCCGCCUGACAGCAAGGUAUGUCCAGCUGAGGAAAAUGUUGAAGCUAUAUGUCAAUUUUUCAACACUAUUGGUAAGCAGCUUGAUGAAAGCCAAAAAUCGAGGCGUAUUAAUGAUAUGUACUUCAGUCGUUUGAAAGAAUUGAGCACCAAUCCCCAACUUGUUCCACGGCUGCGGUUUAUGGUUCGUGAUGUUCUAGAUUUGCGUUCUAAUAACUGGAUUCCUAGACGUGAAGAGGUGAAAGCCAAAACCAUCACUGAAAUUCAUUCAGAGGCAGAGAAAAAUCUUGGAUUGCGUCCAGGUGCCACUGCAAGUAUGAGAAAUAGCCGUGUAACUUCUGGUGUUCAAGGAAAUGUCAGUCAGGGAGGAUUUCCAAUUGCCCGACCUGGUACUGGUGGUAUGAUGCCUGGGAUGCCGGGGACAAGGAGGAUUUCUGGAAUUGAUAAUGACAACUGGGAGGUUCCCAGGACAAGAUCAAUGCCGAGAGGAGACAUGUCAGGCAUGCAAGCUGGAGGGCGUGGUCAGUCUCCUUUCAUAUCUAAGACACCAACUGUUAGCUCAAAGUUACUACCUCAAGGUAGUGGUGGUACUAUAAGUGGGAGAAGCAGUGCCCUGGUGCAUGGAGGUGGUGGUGCUCCUUCUGCUCGUCCAUCAAAUGUUGGUUUGAGUACCGAGUCCACACCUCAAAUGCCUUCACCUGUUAAAGCUGUUUCUGCCAUACCCUCUGAGAAGCCACAAGCUUCAGCUCCAAAAUUGAAUGUUGACGAACUUCAGCGUAAAACUAGUUCUCUUCUGGAGGAAUAUUUCAGUGUCCGGCUUUUGGACGAGGCAUUGCAGUGUGUGGAGGAACUAAAAGCUCCGGCUUAUCAUCCCGAAGUUGUGAAGGAAGCCAUUUCCAUUGGACUAGAUAAAAGUCCGCCAUGUGUUGAACCUGUUGGCAAACUUCUUGAGUAUCUGUUCGUGAAGAAGAUUCUUUCAGCCAGAGACAUAGGAACUGGGUGCAUGUUAUUUGCUUCUCUGCUGGAUGAUAUCGGCAUAGACUUACCUAAAGCACCAAAUAAUUUUGGUGAGAUAGUAGGGAAACUAGUUUUGGCUGGGGCUUUGGAUUUUAAGGUGGUGAGAGACGUCCUGAAGAAGGUGGAGGAUGACCGGUUCCAGAAAGCAAUAUUUUCUGCUGCAUUGCAGGUAAUUAGCUCUGCAUCUGGGCAAGCUGUGUUGGAUUCACAAGCAUCUGAUAUUGAGGCCUGUCAGAGUCUGUUCAACUGAAUCAGAUGAGUCUGCAUGAGAAUAUUGAUCCCUGUAACUGAACGAACAUCAAAUUCCCUUCCCUAUAAAAGCUCUCACUUUUUAGAGCACUUUGUAUUACAGUAUGUUAUAAAAGUGGGAGCUUCCAGUAUCAGGUAUUUUCUCGAGUUGUAUAAUUUUUUUUUUUGUUUUCAUGUCGUAGAGGUGUUUUUUGAGGGAAAAGUUAAACCAUAAAGCUACGGAUUUUGUUUUCCAGUUGGCUAAUCAUGUGCCAAGAGAGUGGCCCAUCCAUCCGGGGGUCCAAAUGUUUUUGUACUUCAUUAGUUUCAUUUUUUUCCCUUUAUUUUCUUGACAGAGUAAUUGUUAAACUGGUCAGUUCAUAAAUAUCAUUGUCGUUACUUUGGCAUGUA